GCGACAUCGAACAUCCCGUUCGUGAUAGCGAGCACGCAUUCAACCAUCACCUGGACGGAGCUGUAUACAGCUUGAUUGCAAUUAGCAGGGUCAGAGUCAGACCCUGCUGAGGAACCUCUCACCGCCUUGACUGCGUUGGAGAAAACCUCCAUCAGCUGCCCGUGUGUCACCAGUCGGGGGUCUCAAGUUCAAUCCGUCUAUCGGUGCGGUCAACACAUUGUCAUCGAUUGAUGAACGUGUAUGGUACUGUCACCCGCGUUCAUUGCGAUCGCACGGAACAAGAUUGACCACAAUCUCAUGUGGCAGCAUGUCUGGCCCUAUGAAUGGUCAAUCGUCUAGACCCCUCCCUAUGCCUCAGGCAUUCCCGAGCGGGGCGUCCAGCGAGCAUCGCGCGAGUCCAAAAGUCUCAGCAAAUAAGCCAUCUCCAGCUUUGCGACAGGGCUCGCCUCUGAGGCAGAGCUCACCUCUUCGUCCUAGCCCCGCUUCGCCAGUAAGAGCCCAUCGUUCGCCCAUGACUGGCACACGCGUAGAUACCAUCAACUCGGCAUCCCAAUCGCAUCCUGGGUCUCCCAGCAGGCAACGAAUUGAUAUCUCUUCUCUGUCGAACUCUGGUCCCGCGGGCCCCUCAACGUUACCCAUGACCACCCAAACGAGCAACGCGUCUCAAGUCAAUGGGAUCUUGAGUACGCAAUCUAGUGGGAGCUCUAGCAACACCGUUCGACCAGGUCAAGGCGCUGCAGGAGACGCUUCCAUGGAAGAGGUGGAAGGGGAUAUGCCUGAAGAUGACGAGAAUGAUGUGGAUGACGAAGUUGAAGAGGUCGUAGAGGGCGAAGAUGAGGAGGAAGCGGGAGAAGAAGAGGAGGAAGAAGAGGAGGAAGAGGAGGAGGAGGAAGAAGAAGAUGAGGAGGAUGACGACAGUGAAGGAGACGAUAAGAGUGAAGACCUUGAAGGGGAGGAGAACGACUUUGAGAUCACUGGAGCGGAUCUGUCUGAAGCUGCGAACGGCGGGGGAAAUGUCAAGGUCGAAGGCACGGAUGGCGACGCUGGAGCUUCAGUUGCGGGAGCCGAAGGGGAAGCAACUAAUGUUCUAGUUCCAAAGAAGCGAGUGAGGAUCCGGGCUGUCUCUGAGGAUCUACCACCUCCACCUCCCCCCAUGAAGACGAUCCGACUUGAAAGGCCACUGAAGAUGGCAGAGGGAGAGACCUUGGAAUGGAAUAUCUUGGACGACGCAAGAGAGCAGGGCAUGCUUGAAGGUUGGAAAGAUGGUGAUGAAGAUGGUGAUGGGAUGGACGUCGAUGGAGAUCUCGCGCCGAUGCCAGGAGCAGCAGAGUCAAAUGAAGGAUCGACUGGACUUGGCUUAGGGGAUAUCCCUCCGCCUUCAAAUGGCUCGGGUCCAGGCAUUGCUGGAUCUGGUUCAGGUCUAGGAGCUCUCCUGAGCAUGGACGGGGAUGCAGAGGAGAUCGCGAGAAGGUUGGAGGAAAAAUAUGGAGGUCCUUCAACGCAGAAGGCCAGGCCCAAGAAGAGAAAACCAUUGGAUAAAUAUGACUUGGGAGACGAAUUCAUCGACGACUCCGAGCUCACGAUUGACGCUCCGACUCAUAUUGCUAGACCGAAGAAAGAAGGCUUCUUCGUCCAGGCUGGACCUCUGGAGCUUCUGGAAGAGGAGGCACCCCGUCGACCUGCUCGUUCGGCACCUAAACGCCCAAAAACUGGACCGGUCGCUAGUGCCGCCCCGAGACCACCGCUUUCUUCCCUCGUUGCCUCGCAACCUCAUCAUGCAUCUCAAGGCAUCGGAACUCUGACAUCGCCGAUCCAAAUUGAUAGUGAUGACGAGGCUGGCCCGUCAAGACCCUCAGGCAAGCCUCAGAAAUCGCCUACUCUCCCCGAAUUCCCUCUGGAGCCCGUUCCUAUUGAUCGGACGAUGUUCAAGAGCGCCGCGAAGGACCCACAGUUCCUACCACCUUUCCCUGGAUUCCCUAAUGAAGUUCGUCACCGAUUAAUGGAGUUGCGCGAGCAGAGCUUAAAGCAUCCAUGGAGCUGGGACAAAACCAAGUUUCCAGACCACCUUCGAGAACCGCUGCGUCUUGUUUGCAUGGCAGCGAUUAAGCACGACAUGUUUGGUGUACGGGACGAUAGUAUCCACAAGGCUCUCCCUAGUGCGCUGCCAUAUAACUACUUCACUCUGCACAAACUCGCGUACAAGCAGUGUAUGACCAAAUACUGGGAAUGGCUCGAAGAAUGUGAAGAACUUGGCGUGAGGGAAAUGGGCAAGCUCGUCGAAGCGAACAAGGAGAGCGAGUUUGAGAAGCACGAAGCGGCUAUGGCAAAGUGGAAAGAGGAUGUGCAAGAAUGGGAGGAGAAGCACCCGAAUGAAGUGGAUACAGCUCAUCAGACACCCAACCCAUCUGCAUCUGACCCCACGGUAGUCGACGUGGACGAUGACAACGCAGCAGCAAAUUUUGAGGAGAAGCCACGAGAACCCAUGAAACGAUUCAAUUUCACACCAGAGAUGAAAGAGUUGUUCCGACAAUUGAUUGACAAUUGCGCGGAGAUGAGAAAUUUCAUGGACCUUGCCAGGAAAGAGUUCAAGCUAAAUGUUGCCAAGGCGCCCAGCGAGACUAGCGAAAAAACUCUGCGGGCGAGACUGUACAAAAAGAUGACUUCCGUCUUUCCGGAAGGUUACAUGUCACCCUCUGAUCUGUCUCGUGAGAUGACAAGAUUGCGGACGAAUCGAUCACGCCAGCAGCAACGAGCUACGAAUGCAGAUGCUUGAGAUGGACUGGGAUGAGUUGUAUAAUGAACCAGCAUCUCUUAGUCAUGAUGCAGUCGUCAAGCAGCGACGCAGUGAGGAGCAGGUCAUGCAUUCAUGCAGAGGUGGAC